CCCACCCUUCACCCCGCCCCCAUCCCCAGCCCCGCCCCCAACAGCCACGCGCUGCGUACGGACCGAGCUCCGCUCUGUGAUAUCUGGCGCGGACGGGACAGGACCAGACGGGAUGGAGUGCGCGGUGAGGUCGCGGCACCCGACCGUCAACUGCCCGGUGGCGGUCAGCAGGAUCAUGCGUCCGGAUGAUGCCAACAUCGCGGGCAAUGUCCACGGUGGCACAAUACUGAAAAUGAUAGAGGAGGCCGGAGCCAUCAUCAGUACCAGGCACUGCAACAGCCAGAAUGGGGAACGCAGUGUGGCUGUGCUGGCUCGUGUGGAGCGAACAGACUUCCUCACUCCAAUGUUGAUCGGUGAAGUGGCUCAUGUCAGUGCUGAGAUAACCUACACGUCAAAGCACUCUGUUGAGGUCCAAGUAACUGUGAUGGGUGAAAAUAUUCUUAAUGGUGUCAAACGAGUGACCAAUCGAGCAACGCUGUGGUAUGUGCCAUUGUCUGCGGAUAAUGUACACAGCGUGGUCAAGGUUCCUCCACUGCAGUAUUCAAGUCCAGAACAGGAAGAGGAAGGUCGUAAAAGAUAUGAAGCUCAGAAAUUGAACCGAAGUGAAUCCAAGCAAAGGAAUGCCACAAUAAUUUUCCCCACCAUUAAUGUGGACCGAAAAUCCAAAGAGCCAUGUACAGUGGGAUACAGUCAAUCUAGUCUAAUUCACCUUGUGGGCCCAUCUGACUGCACGCUGCACAAUUUUCUUCAAGGAGGUGUCACGAUGAAGUUGAUGGAUGAAGUGGCUGGCAUUGUUGCAGCUCGCCAUUGCAAGACCAACAUCGUGACUGCAUCCGUGGAUGCCAUUAACUUCCAUCAGAAGAUUGAGAAAGGGUCUGUGAUUAACGUGUCUGGCCGAAUGAUAUUUACCAGUAAUAAAUCCAUGGAGAUUGAAGUUGUUGUGGAUGUUGACCAUGUCUUGAAAAGUCCGCAAGAAUCAGCUCAUUCUGUCACGGCUUUCUUCACAUAUGUCUCCCUGGGCAAGGAUGGAACGGCACUUCCUAUCCCCACACUGAAGAUUGAAACAGAAGAUGAGAAGAAAAGGUUUGAAGAAGGAAGGGAGAGGUACCUCCAAGCCAAAGCCAGGCGGACAGGUGAAGUAACGAAGAAGUGCCAAUGAUGAUCAGAUAUGUGCCAAUGAUGAUCAGAUAAAUAGCCUGAGUCAGCGACCAAGAGCCAACUCACCUACGCCACCAUAUUACUUAAAAGUAUCUUAAUCUUAAAUGUUAACCAAAACAUUGUUGUAUUUAAGGGGAACUAUGCAUUCCAUUCAAGUUUCUGUUUUUGUUGUUGCAUAUGUUAUAUUAUUGAAGUUUAUCAUUCUAGAAUAAAUGCUGCCCGGCUUUGGCUUGUUGUGUCAA